AUGAACAAGAGAAAGUAUCCGUAUGGCAUCGAUAUGUGUCCCCAGCUAAAAAUACAUAUUGGAGAGAAACAAGUCGCUAAUGGAGUAUUGGGACCAUCCAAAAUGUCUGAAAUUUAUGAAAAGACUAAACAGAUAUUAUUUCAAAGAGCAAGAGCAUCUCUUGAAGCAAUAGAUCAGUCUGUGGUUGUGGAUAAUGUUCCGCGCGACAGUAAACCAUCCAAACAAAUGCAGUUAACGUUUGACGGACAACUUUGCAAGCCUGAUGUUUUAUUUGAAAACUCAAGGGUGUAUAAUUACAAUCAGAAAAAAUGUAACUUUUGUUCAAAAACAGAAAAGUUAGAUUUUUGUGGGAAAUGUGGAGAGGUAUUUUGCAAUAUGUGUUCAUUUUCUUUAUUUUGCGCUGAAGCGAAUAAAAUGUGUUUAACAUGUUAUGAGUAG